UUCGCUUCAAAAGAAAACAUCUUUCAUCUGAGACGCUGUUUCUUUCUGUGAUUGUGGAUUUUUAAAGUGGAUUUAACUAUAUAUUGUUGUGAUUGUGGCUUAAAAUUCAGUAAUUAAUAUGAGUGAGUUGAGACAUCGGCGCGGCGACGGCGACGGGAACGACAAAGCUGAAACUGCUGGAGAAUCCGAUCAUGUGGAUUCGGAAGAGGAGAAGGUUCUAGAGGAGAAAUAUGUCGACGAAUUGGCGAAAAACUUGCCCCAGGGAACCGAUAAAACUCCAGAAAUCCUCGAUUCGGCCCUAUCCGGUCUCUCUUCGCGAUGGAGAAACUGGGUGAUACGAGGAAUCUUCACCUGGCUGAUGAUUGGUGGAUUUUGUUUGCUCAUUUAUGGAGGACCUCUGGCCUUGAUGACUACGGUGUUGUGUGUGCAAGUGAAGUGUUUUGAGGAGAUCAUCAACAUUGGAUAUGCGGUGUACCGAGUACACGGGCUGCCAUGGUUCCGCUCGCUCUCCUGGUAUUUCCUGUUGACUUCCAACUAUUUCUUCUACGGGGAGAAUCUUAUCGACUACUUUGGAGUUGUGAUCAAUAGAACGGACUACCUUCGGUUCCUAGUGACGUACCAUCGCUUCAUCUCUUUCUGUCUCUACUGUAUCGGCUUCGUGUGGUUCGUGCUGUCUCUCGUCAAGAAAUACUACAUGCGACAGUUCAGUCUGUUCGCCUGGACUCAUGUCGCUCUGCUCAUUGUCGUCACGCAGAGCUACCUCAUCAUCCAGAACAUAUUUGAAGGUCUAAUAUGGUUCAUAGUGCCGGUAUCCAUGAUCAUCUGCAACGACGUGAUGGCGUACGUGUUCGGAUUCUUCUUCGGGAAGACGCCGCUCAUCAAGCUCAGCCCCAAGAAGACCUGGGAGGGAUUCAUCGGAGGAGGCGUGUCCACUGUGGUGUUUGGACUUGUGCUGGCGUACUGGAUGUCCCAAUACCCUUACCUGGUGUGCCCGAUCGAGUACUCGGAGUCGCUGGGCCGCAUGACGAUGGACUGCGAGCCGUCCUCGCUCUUCCGCCUCCAGGAGUACUCCACGCCCAACUUCCUCAUGCCGCUGGUGAAGGCGUUCGGUCGCGACAAGAUUAGCAUGUAUCCGUUCAUGAUCCACUCUCUGGCGCUGAGCAUCUUCAGUUCCGUCAUCGGACCCUUCGGAGGAUUCUUCGCUUCGGGAUUCAAGAGGGCGUUUAAGAUUAAGGACUUCGGCGACGUGAUCCCCGGUCACGGCGGCAUCAUGGACCGCUUCGACUGCCAGUUCCUCAUGGCCACCUUCGUCAACGUCUACAUCACCAGCUUCAUACACACCGCCACGCCGCAAAAGCUGCUGCAGCAGGUAUACAACAUGAAACCGGAACAGCAGUUGCAAAUGUUCUAUGCGCUAAAGGAGUCACUCGAAAACCGGAAUAUACUCAACACGAUGGUACCUUAAUUUAGUUAAUUUAUUAUAAUAGUUCAAUGUGACGUCACGCGUCUUACUCUCAUAUUAUUCGCUAUUAUAUAGGUUAUACAACAUGGCCCUAAGCUUCCUUUCAACCGUAAGAUUUAGGAGUAACAAAUACGAUUUUUUUUUUAAUUGGUAUUAAUUAGAGAUAUAUGCGUCUCGCUUGCACUAGAACGUUUAAAACCAAAUACUACAAGUCUGAUUUGUAACCUAUGCGAGUCAGCCAAUGAAUUUAUUUGCAAAUAUAUGUUCAUAUCAUCUGCAAAGAAUUUAAAAUAGGAUUACAAUUAAUUCAAACGAACUACAAUUACACAGAUUACUUUCGUACUUUGUCUAUGCUCCUAUUUCUACAGUUGAAAUUUCUACAUAGAUGGCGCCACGCUUAAAGUUAUAUUUGUGGGUAUUCGAGAAAUAUGUUACACUAUAUCUACGUAUAGCUUUGUUUACUUAACGUAUUGUGUAUAUUUUAUGUUUGGAUUUUAGUCUAUAAAUAAUUUUAUCGAUUUCCGCUUACUCUAAGUGUCGAGUCAAAUCGCUGUAAGGUUAAGGACAUAUCUUGCUCUAUCCGUUGUUCUAGUCCCACGUAUGUGCAAUAAUCAUAAAACAUAUAAAAAUAUAAUGAAAAUACUAUAUUUGUCAAGAUAUAUAUUUUUACAGGCACGCUUCAAACCUAAGAUUAGUAAACUCGUGUGUAUUUAAUUUGAAAGGGAACAGUAGGUAUGACACUAAUGUUCAACACCACAGUCCACAACAGAGAGUUACAAAAAUUAUCAUAAUAUAUCCCAAUUAUCAUCUAUUUUUGUCAUAGUAAUUGUAGCAUAUAACAUGCAUAGCAAUAAAAUAUGAGAGAUAUAUCCAAAUUAUAGCAUAUAAGUAUUAGGUGCGACUUACGUUAAAAAGGCAAACGAUCAGUAGGCUUAAUAGCCAAUGCGAAAUAAUCACUGACCUCCAUUAUAAAAGUACGCUGGACUUAUGAUACCCUUUGA